UGUAUGUACAAGCUGUAUCUUAGUACCAGACACAUGCAACUUUGAACCAGCAGUCUACUACAUUAUUAGUCUACAUAUGCUAACCGUAGCAUCAGACACCUAUGUAAUACCUACAGUAAUACAUACCUAUGUAACAUACUACAGCUGCGGCAUCCAUUCAAUCCAAACCAGCGUUUAAACAUUUUCCAUUCCAUUCUUGUUUGCUUGUCUCAUAUCGAUCCAACUCAUACCCAACCACAGGAAUCACGAAACAAAGACUUACCGAUCCAAUAACCCCAAUACUACCUUAACAUAGAAGAAGGACGAAGCGCAGCCAUGCCGACCGAAAGAGAGCUACAGAUAGCACCGAUCGUGCCGGAGUCGGUAGUGCACAACUCCAAAGCUCUAUCCAAUCUUCAGGCCCUUACCGCUUCCAUCUUUGGCGCCGCAGCCGGUAUCUUGGGCCUCGAGUCCUAUAGCGGAUUCCUCUUCUACAUCAUCUUCACCAUCCUAACCACCGUCCUCUUCUACACCAUUCGCGUGGCGCCCACGUCGCUGAAGGACGGCCACGGCCUAUUCGACACGAGCAGAUAUUUUCGGACCAAGUACGAAUUCUGGGCGGGCGGUCUCUUCAAUGGUCUUGCGGGAUACAUAUUGACGUGGACAUUAUUCUAUGGGUUGGUGAGAGCCUAAUAGAGGACUGCCUAGUACAUCACAGUAUAUCACAAUCCUAAAUAAAUAUGAUCUUGUCGUAUGGUGUAAUAAGAUAUCUAGGGAUCAGCAUGAUGUGUGUUUCACGAACCACGUGGUGGAUACGGCU